AUAUGAAAAUUGACGCAUCUAAGGCGAUAUAUGGUGCGAUUGCGCGGCCUUGCCUUCCCCAUGGUUUUCCUGCGGUAGAUCGCUUUGCGCUCAUUUAAGCAGGUAAAGGCGGCCUUAGCUCGUGUUAACGCGGUUUGCGCUGAAGUGUGAGAUGAUAUAUUAGACUUGGGGUCUUCCGGCUAAGUUGAUGAAACUGAGAAAUAUGAUAUUGCAGUCCCUAGAGUAAAGUGAAAAGCUGUGAAGUCACAAAUCAUGGAAAACUACUGACUGAUAUUCAUCAAGGAGGAAUUAUUCAGCAAGAAGCAUCCAAAACAUUUUGUUGUGUGACCCAGCAACAUGAGUUCUGCAAGCAAGGUUGGUGAGAUUUUCUGCGAUGCUGGCAAAGCUUUCAACAAGCUUGGGACUCUUACCAUACAACUUCAGCAAGCAUCCCAGCAGGCUCCUAACAGCGGCAAGUGGCGCGAGGAGGAGAUCGAGAUGCUGCACGGCGCCGUCCGGCGGUUCGCCAGCGACCUGCAGAAGAUCAGCGACACCAUGAAGUCUCGCAGCGUGAGCCAGAUUCGGAACGCGCUGAAGAAGAAGGCGUUCGACGAGGCGGGCAUGCAGGCCCAGGCGAGCGCCGGCGCCGCCAAGCUCUCCGCCAAGUCGGACGUGACGCUCAACAUGCUGAAUGCCGCCGAGUCGGAGGUCGACGUCGAGGAGAUGGGCCACUUCGACGGCCCGAGCGAGGAGGUCUCGUCCUGAGGAGGCCGGCGCAGAUGGACUGGCGCGCUGCUGGCGGGGCUGGACCGGUCGGGGCGGCGCUGUACGGACCCGGCGCCGCGCAGUCGCUGGGGCGGUCUGAGGGAGCCGCGAAACCGAUCGGGGGUGUGGGAACGCACGGUCGACAGCGCCGUCAGCUUGGGGGGCUGGGGAGGUGUUUCAUCGUGUUCAUCUCAGCCAUUGUGUGUUAGGUCUUGUCGGGCGCUCAGUCUAUGACUUCGGGCGGACGGAGGCUGCUUUGAUAUGUCCUGUGCAUGGUAUCACUCAUCAGCGUCAUCGAAGGCGGUUUGACAUUUUUUAGCUAAGUAAACUUAUAUGUAUUUGGACAAUACACUGUUUCGCCUUCA